GAAGUGCAGUUAUUUGAUUGGCAUCUGCAAGAGAUAUCAGUAUGAAAGCUUAUGGGGUGUCAGCGUCAGCUCUACUCUGCCUCUGUGUUUGUGCUGCAACUAAGGAGUGCAACUUACAGGGGCAAUGGAGGAACAAUUUAGGAUCCAAUUUGACAGUAAACAGUGUGACUAAGGGUGGAAGAUUCACUGGUGCCUACAUGACCGCCGUAUCUUCAGUCGACGCGAAAAUUGUGGAAUCGGCUCUCACCGGCUUCUGGAAACCCUCUGAGCAGCCCAUUUUUGGCUUUGCAGUAAAAUGGGCAUUUUCAGAUUCACUGACAGUCUGGGCAGGGCAGUGCUUCUUGAAUGAUCAGAAAGAAGAGAUUCUACACACAACAUGGCUACUUAGAUCCAAGCAGGACAAUGAGCAGGACAACUGGAAAGCAACAAGAAUCGGUGUUGAUGUAUUCACUCGACUGAAGUAAAAAGCAAAAGGAAGAGACCUUCUAUAUACAUCUGCCUUUAUUAGGCUUCAGUUACUGCAGCGACAUCAAAAAAAUCAACUCUCACUGUUGCAUAAGACCUGUGCCUUAUUGAAGACAAACGGAAUCUUUCCAGUAUAAUCGAGGAUCCGUAGAUCAGAUAUUUUGCUCAAGUUGAUGAACGAAACAAGUGAUAAUUUCCUGUUAGAGUAAAUGAUAUUAGAUUUUUCUGCUUCGUGCUCCUGGCUUUGGCAUUCUUCAAAAAUCCAAAAAUAAAGAAGCAAAACAAAAA